GAAUAAUUUAAAGACAAUACAAGUAAAAACAAGGGCAGAGUGUUAUGAGGGACUGGCGGCCAUUCUGUUACGGAGGGGUGGCUUCUGUGAUAGCAGAAUGUGGCACAUUCCCAAUAGAUACAACCAAGACGCGCCUCCAGAUCCAGGGACAGAAGAUCGACGCCCAGCAUGCUCAGCUCAAGUACAGGGGGAUGAUGCACGCUGUCAUCAGAAUAUCCUCAGAAGAGGGGUUGAGAUCUCUAUACUCAGGAUGAGAGUCUCCUAGUCAAUGUGUUCUGUGGUAUAGUAGCUGGUGUUGUUUCAAGCUCACUUGCCAAUCCCACAGAUGUGCUCAAGGUCCGUAUGCAGGCCCAAGGUCACUCCAGUGAACAACUAGGGGUGUUCCAGUCUUUUAAAGAUAUCUACACCAAGGAGGGGGUUAAGGGGCUUUGGAGGGGAGUGAGUUGCACGGCCCAGCGAGCAGGGAUCGUAGUGGGUGUGGAACUACCGAUAUAUGAUUUAGCUAAAUAUCUUUUCAUCCACAAGUAUGGCAUCAUGGGUGACACCCCAUCCACACAUUUUAUAUCGAGCAGUAUAGCUGGUCUAGCUGGUGCUAUAGCCUCUAACCCUGUUGAUGUAGUUAAGACUCGGAUGAUGAACCAAAGAAAACUAAAGGGAAAACAAGCCAAAGCAAUUUACAGUAGUUCAGUGCAGUGUUUGGUGCAGACCGUCAGGACAGAAGGUUUUUUUGCACUGUACAAAGGAUUUAUACCUACGUGGGUUAGGUUAGGUCCUUGGAACGUAAUUUUCUUUAUGGCUUAUGAACAGCUGAAUAAAGUAUACUGACCACGAAGAAAGCAUUUUCUCAUCCAUAUAUCAUGAGCACUGACAGACCACCGUGAAUAACCAAGAAUUAUAAUGUUAUUAUAUAAUUUAUCACAAGUUCACCACCAUCGGGUCAUCAACAGGUGCUUGGCUCUUGUUAUGCAGGAAUUACAUUUGGAUCUGAAUCUCUUCAGAUAUCAGAUAUCAGCAUUUUGCUUUCAUUCCCCAUUGAGGAGUAGCCGAAGGUGCAGCUUCAUUGAAGAGAGCCUAUGGAGAGUUUGUGAAGGAUGACAAUAUGAUUGGGAUGUUGUCUGUCAAAAUUUGUGUCUUUACACAUGGAAGUUGGGGACAGUCCCUGUUCCAUUUGUGUCUAAGACUGGGUUCCCAUGCCUAGAUCGAUCUAACAGGAUGGAUCCAUCGCCAAGGGGUUUCUCGCCAAAUUGCUGUUAGCUUCAGUGGCUUAGAUGUCUGGCACGCCUAUUGAAGCCACUGAACGAUAGCGUCAGUGGUCAUAUGAGAUGUCUAAGGGUGCAUUCCAAGAGAUUUAGAUCGAUCCAGGGAUUAAGAUUUAGAUCGACCUAACUCCUUGGGGG